UCACCGCUGUCAUUCGGAGCUAACCAUCCGAGCCGACAGCCACUGGGAGCGGAGGAGACCCAGCGAGGAACCAGCCAAUACAAGCAACCAGCAGCCGACAUGUCUCUGUCUACAAAACUCACCCUGGACAAGGUGGACGUCAAUGGGAAACGAGUCAUUAUGAGGGUGGACUUCAACGUCCCUAUGAAGGACAAGCAGAUCACAAACAACCAGAGGAUCAAGGCAGCCCUUCCCACCAUCCAGCACUGCCUGAACAACGGAGCCAAGUCUGUGGUGCUGAUGAGCCAUCUGGGCCGUCCCGAUGGAAACUUCGUGCCUGAAAAAUACUCUCUGGAGCCUGUUGCUGCUGAGCUGAAGACGCUUCUGGGGAGGGAUGUCACCUUCCUGAAGGACUGCGUGGGCGCAGAGGUGGAAGCCGCCUGCGCUAACCCCGCCCCCGGAUCCGUCAUCCUGCUGGAGAACCUCCGUUUCCAUGUCGCAGAGGAGGGAAAAGGCAAAGACCCCUCUGGAAACAAGACCAAGGCCUCCCAGGAGCAGAUCGACUCCUUCAGGGCAUCUCUGUCCAAACUGGGAGACGUUUAUGUCAAUGACGCCUUCGGUACAGCCCACAGGGCCCACAGUUCUAUGGUGGGAGUGAAUCUGCCCCAGAAGGCGGCUGGUUUCCUGAUGAAGAAGGAGCUCGACUACUUUGCCAUGGCUCUGGAGAAUCCUAAGAGGCCCUUCCUGGCCAUCCUCGGAGGAGCGAAGGUGAAAGAUAAAAUCCAGCUCAUCAACAACAUGUUGGAUAAAGUCAACGAGAUGAUCAUCGGCGGCGGCAUGGCCUUCACCUUCCUCAAAGUCCUCAACAACAUGGAGAUCGGCAACUCCCUGUUUGAUGAGGAAGGAGCCGGCAUCGUCAAGGACCUGAUGGCCAAAGCCGAAAAGAACGGCGUGAAGAUCACCCUGCCCGUCGACUUUAUCACCGCAGACAAGUUUGACGAGCACGCCGCCACCGGCACGGCCACCGUGGCUGCGGGCAUCCCCGCUGGCUGGAUGGGUCUGGACUGCGGACCAGAGAGCUCCAAGGCCUACAGCGAGGCCGUGGCCCGGGCUCAGCAGAUCGUCUGGAACGGUCCCGUCGGCGUGUUCGAGUGGGACAACUUCGCCAAAGGCACCAAGAGCCUGAUGGACAAAGUGGUGGAAGUGACCGCCAAAGGCUGCAUCUCAAUCAUCGGUGGGGGCGACACUGCCACCUGCUGCGCCAAGUGGAACACGGAGGACAAGGUCAGUCAUGUGAGCACAGGGGGCGGAGCCAGCCUGGAGCUGCUGGAGGGUAAAGUCCUGCCAGGUGUGGAUGCACUGAGCAGCGCCUGAACGUCCCAUCAUCCCACUGGGCUGUGUGUAUGAGUGUGUGUGUGUGUGUGUGUAUGACAGGUGUGUAGCUUGUGUACUUGGCCUGUGUUCGUCCUGACUCCCUGUACAAACUAAAACAUGUCCUGCUUCACCAGA